UUGAACGAGUUAAUGGCGAUGGCGAGCCCGUCAGUCCCGAGUCAUUCACAAACGCGCGAAUUAGGUCUACUCGUUCGCGCUUCACUACACCACCGAAGAAGAAAAGCAGGAAGUCAACAAGCGUCGAUCACAUGGAAGGUGACGUCACAAACAGGAAGUGCUCAGCUCUAACAGGAAGUGCGCGGAAGAUCAAAGACAAUGCCGCCGACUGGCACAACCUGAUGCUGCGCUGGGAGAAAGCGAAUGACGAAGGUUUCGCCAUCGCCACCAACAUCGUCAACCUGAGGCGCAGCAGCGGGCAGACGGUGGAACAGUCGUCAUCAGAACAUGCAGCCAUCACAGCACAGCUGCAGCAGGAAUGUGGCAGGCUGCAAGACAUCGUCGACAAAAUGGCGGCCAUCUUGUCCAAGAUGCAGCGACUGAUGGCGUCCCAGCGAGGACUGGUGGACCUGGAAGACUUUCAGUUUGGACCUGAAGGCAGGAAGGUUCCUUUGUUCCACAGCUGGAGAACCAAACACUUUGAGCAGCAGAGCGGCGUGCUGCUGAGGUGCUUCAGCGAGGAGCUGCGUGUGAAGCGCAUGGUCCAACAGGAAGUGGCCCACAGUGCGACCCCGGACCUGAGCCUGGUCUACCUGUCGUGUUGGCUGCACCAGCCCAAGAUGGCGGCGGCGGGCAGAGUGGCGCUGGAGGCCAUGUUGUUGGAGACGGGUCACCGGGCGCUGUGAGGGGCAGGAAGAGGCGUGCUCUUUGAGGAGGACUUUUAUUGCAAAGCAGGAAGUAAUAAAAGGUAAUAAA